UAUUUUAUUUACGAUAAUCAACCUAAAUAAACCUCGAUUUUAUUCCCACCGAAUAAAAUCGUAAACCUAGCCGUAGAGUUCCCGUCCCGUGUGUUCAAGAGAUUGAACGACACGGGAUUGUACAGUUUGUACAGUUCGCAAAACUUGUGCUUCCGUAACUCGAUCACGAAAAACCAUAUAUGUCUAGUAGCGGUAGAAAAAUAUUCGGUUGUUUUCUAGCGUUUGUUCUCCGGGUGGAUGUUUAGUAUAUGUUUUGUAACGCUUAUUCCUCGAGGAAUAUAUAAUUAGCGUUACAACGCAUAUACUAAAUAUCGCACUAAAGGAGAACGACGCCGGAAGGCUGCCGAAUAUUUUUCUCCGUUGCUAGGCAUAUAUCGUGGCCGAGUUACGGGGCGCCUGUUUUGCGAAUGGGAUAGGGCCCUACCUUUUCAGCAGUCAAUUACAUUGACUUUGCUUAUCUCGAGUGAAAACCCCACCUCUAAUUAUCCGCGCUACAGAAAUGGAGACGGACCGCAGUUGGAUGUACAGGAGCCACACAAACGGGCUGCUAACCACAGGGUAUAAGGAGCAUGUGAAGGAGUUUGUCCGGUUUGCAUUACGGCAUCCGGCUUGUAUGAGUGGGGUACAGAUAAAAUGCCCCUGCCCUAAGAGAGGUUGUCGAAAUACAAGCUAUCGGGAUGUCGAUGAGGUGGAAUUCCAUUUAUUGAAGAAUGGGUUUGUGAAAGGUUACCAAGUAUGGGUUUUUCAUGGCGAGGGGAGCGUUUUGAACCCCCCUCCCCUUGCACAGUUACCGGAGCAGGAUGUUGAGUUCGACUAUGAAGAUGAGGGGCCAGGUGAGUUCAGUUCCGCUCAAAGAAUGAUUCUUGAUGCGGCCGGUCCAGAAAUAACGUUUCCUGAAGAUGAGCUCCCGAAUGCUGAAGCUCAAAAAUUUUAUGAUAUGAUGCGUGCGGCUGAAGAAGACAUAUGGCCUGGGAAUAGCAGACACUCUCCAUUUUCUGCAUCUGCUAAAGUGAUGGAGAUCAAGUGUCGACAUAAGGGUUCAGUAGCUUUAGUUGACGACGUAUGCGGAUUGAUACAGGAGCUGCUCCCGGAGGACAACAAGAUGCCAACGAAUUUUGCUAAAAUUAAGAAGCUGGUCAAAGGUUUGGGGUUGCCGGUUGAGGUUAUUGACUGUUGUUUUUAUAACUGUAUGAUUUAUUGGGGGGAGGACGCGGAUCUAACGCGCUGCAAAGUUUGCAAUUAUGCGCGGUGGAAACCUGUGACCCACGGAAAAUCCACAAAAAGAAAGGCUAACGUGCCAUAUAGUAAAAUGUUCUAUUUUCCAAUAACUCCGAGGCUACAGAGGUUGUACGCUUCGAAAGCCACUGCUCGGCAUAUGACGUGGCACGCAGACCACGAGAUGGAUGGUGAUAAGAUGUGCCACCCGUCCGACUCUCCGGCUUGGAAACGUUUUAGUGAACUGCAUUCUGAGUUUGCCGAUGAAGGGAGAAAUAUCAGAUUAGGCUUAUGCUCCGAUGGGUUUCAGCCAUUUACCAAUUUUGGGCAGCAGUAUUCCUCGUGGCCGGUCAUUUUGACGCCGUACAAUCUCCCCCCAGGCAUGUGCAUGAAGGAUGAGUUUAUGUUUUUAACGGUUUUGGUACCGGGGCCUAGAAACCCAAAACACCUAAUGGAUAUCUUCCUACAGCCGCUGAUUGCAGAGUUGAACCAACUGUGGGAAUGUGGAGUCCAGACAUAUGACGUUCAUAAGCGUCAGAAUUUUCAACUAAAAGCGGCUCUUAUGUGGACAAUAAAUGACUUUCCCGCUUAUUCUAUGUUGUCUGGUUGGAGCACUGCUGGUAGAAAAGCAUGCCCGUACUGCAUGGAAAACACCGAUGCAUUCACACUGGAUAAAAGCGGUAAACAAUCGUGGUUUGAUUGCCAUCGCAAGUUUUUGCCUCCGAAUCACCAAUUCCGUCGAAAUGUUACUGAUUUCCGUAAGGGGAAACGAGAGGUCGGGAAAAGGUUUGCAGGGGUGAGAACUGGAGAUGAACUGUUAGCAGAGAUUGAUCGACUGGGGUUUAAGAAGGCAUUUGAGCCUGGUGCGAAAGUUACUAAUGCAUUACUGUCAAAAGAUCAUGGGUGGAAUAAAAAAAGUAUCUUUUGGGAUUUGCCUUAUUGGAGAACGAAUGUAAUACGUCACAAUCUCGAUGUCAUGCACAUUGAGAAAAAUGUCUUCGAUAACAUUUUUAAUACCGUUCUCAAUGUCCCCGGGAAAACAAAAGACCAUGCAAAAUCUCGUGAAGAGUUGAACGACAUCUGUGAUCGGCCAGGGUUAGCUAAAGAUCCGGCAACUGGGAGAUUUCCAAAGGCAACGUAUGCUUUGGAUAGGGAUUCAAAACGAGUUUUGCUUGAGUGGAUUCAGAAAAUAAAGUUUCCAGACGGGUACGCGUCAAACUUGUCUAGAUGUGUUGAUCUAAAGGGGCUGAAAAUGCAUGGAAUGAAAAGUCAUGACUGCCAUGUUUUUAUGCAACGACUUCUGCCAAUCGCUCUUCGGGAGCUACUUCCGAAAAAUGUGUGGGAGCCUCUAACAGAGUUAAGUAUCUUCUUCAGGGAGUUAACUUCCACGUCACUGUCACAGGAAGAUCUAAACCGUAUGGAAACUGAGAUCCCAAAAAUCCUGUGUAAGUUGGAACGUAUAUUUCCACCCAGCUUUUUUGACUCUAUGGAGCAUCUUCCCGUGCAUCUUCCGUAUGAAGCUAUGAUGGCAGGACCGGUUCAGUAUCGCUGGAUGUAUCCAUUUGAAAGAUAUUUGAGGAAAUUGAAAAAAAAGGUCACUAAUAAAGGCAGGGUCGAAGGGAGCAUUAGUAGUGGAUAUCUGCAAGAAGAAAUCGCUAAAUUUGCAUCCUAUUAUUUUGCUGAAGGCGAUCCGAUGUUACCCGUGCGUUUGGGAAGAAAUGAAACUUGUGAUAUGGAUAUCGAUGAAGAUGCCGACAGACUGGGAAUUUUUAAACCUAAGGGAAAGCCGUUGCGUGGUAGCGGCAGGAGAUAUCUUGAAGACGAUGAGAUCAUCGCUGCUCGGACCUAUGUUCUUCUGAAUUGUUCCGAAAUCGAAGAUUAUCGAAGGGUUUUUGUGGCCGGAUUGCGCGAAAGGAACAGUGACAUAAGUGAAACAGAAAUUGAAAGAGUGCUUGAAAGUGAUUUCGCCUCUUGGUUCGAACAAUAUGUGAAAGAUCCAACUGUCUGUACUAAUCCGUUUAUUCUGAGUCUCGCAAAGGGACCGUGUAGAAAGGUCACCACAUAUAAGGGAUACUAUGUAAAUGGCUUCAAAUUUCUGACUCAGGAAUAUGGGCAGGAUCAACUUACAAUGAAUAGCGGUGUGUGCGUAAGGGGAACAGAAUAUGUUGAGGGUGAAAAUGACUUUUAUGGAGUGCUAACGGACAUAAUUGAGUUAGAGUAUCCAGCUCUACCAAUGAAGCAGACCGUCAUUUUCAAAUGCGAAUGGUUCGACCCUACGGAUACAGGCACGGACACUACCAAUCGAUACAACUUGGUAGAUGUUAAUCACAGACGCAGGUACAAUAAAUACGAACCGUUCAUUUUGGCAGAACAGGCUGACCAAGUUCACUACCUUCCAUAUCCAAGUAGAAAACGGGACAAAGUAAAUUGGUGGGCAGUUUGCAAAAUUAAGGCACGAUCAGAACUUGACAUGCCCGAUGCAAUUAUCCCGGCCUUUCAAGAUGACAUUGAAGAAAAUCCCCUUAUAGUUGAAACGGACGACAAUCCCACAAAUUUAGCUGACCUGAAUGAGGUGGCGGACGAAGAUGCGUUGCAAAUCCCUCCUGCUGAAGAUGAAGAAGAAGAAUUUCCGCCAUCCUCAUCAGACGAAGAUGAAGAACAACUUGACUGACGUAUUUGAUAUUUUUGCAGUUUUUGUUAGUUGUAUUCAUUUAUUAUUGUAAUGAAUUAGUUAUAUUAUUAAAUGUAUUAAUUAAUUUAAAUAUAUGAAAUUGUUAACAAUUAAAA